CUAAUGGCGUCCAGGAUGAAGGACCGCAAAAGAACUCCAGUCUCGCAUAAGGUGAUAGAGAAGCGCAGACGGGACCGCAUAAACCGCUGUUUGAAUGAACUCGGGAAAACUGUUCCAAUGGCGCUCGCUAAACAGAACUCUGGAAAGUUGGAGAAAGCAGAAAUUCUGGAAAUGACAGUCCAGUACCUCAGAGCCCUCCACUCUGCUGAUUUCCCCCGAGGAAGAGAGAAAGGAGAACUGUUUGCAGAGUUCGCCAACUAUUUCCACUAUGGAUACCACGAGUGUAUGAAAAACCUUGUCCACUACCUCACCACCGUGGAGCGGAUGGAGACUAAAGACAACAAGUACGCAAGGAUUUUAACGUUCCUGCAAUCCAAGUCCCGCGUCGUCACGGACCCCCUGUUCAGCAGUUUAGGCGCGCUUCCCGACACCUCAGACUAUUUGUGCCAAUUGCACUCUUCCUCAGAAUACCACAGUCCCAGCCCGUCUGAGUCCAUGUUCCAACAGAGCCCCACUGGACACUUUUCAUGGCACAGUUCAUCGCGGAGUCCAACCAUCGGCUACUCGCCGGUAUCUUUAUCAACCCCACCACAGCAACACCCCGGAUACUUGUCACCGGUGCAAGGACUUGAUCACCAUUAUAUCAACUUCAUCGGUCACUCGCACCCAAACGCAUUCAGUUUGCACACAGCCCAGCACGCUGCUUUGUAA